GAGGAUAAGACUCGUGUCGAUAUAUUCAGGGAGUACUUUAUUCACAUAAAUGAGCCAAUAUGGCCUCAUUUUUUUGGAUUUCUUCAGAUUAGCAACCAACUAUGUGUAUACCUAGCCUCUCAUAUUAUUUCUAAACUUGCAUGCUGGUCUUCCAGAUUAAUGGAACUAGAUGACCUUACCUUUUACGUAAACUGGCUAUGCGGUCAAUUAAGAAAGCCACGCAAUGACUUCCUAGAGACAGCUGCUAGAAACCUGCAAAUGGUGCUUAGAGUUCGAGAAUACCGUCAAACAUUCGUAGCGGAAAACGGAAUAAAUACCAUAGUCGAGGUCUUGGUCAGCAAGAAUAUUAGCAAACAACUGCAGUACCAGCUUAUAUUUUGCCUCUGGUGCCUUAGUUUUGAUGCAGUGCAUGUUAUGACAAUGUCCAAAAAUUCACAACUUAUUCCUAUUGUCUCCGAUAUCUUUCGAGAAGCCGAGCGUGAAAAAAUUAUUCGCAUCAGUCUUGCAUUAUUCCGUUUUAUCCUAGAAAAACUUCCUCCUCCUUACUAUCGAGACUGCGCAUUAGCUAUGGUUCAAUGCAAAGUUCUCAAGCAGCUCAAGCUACUUAAUCAAAAAGAUUUCUCUCAUGAUCCUGAAAUCAGCGACGAUAUGGCUUAUCUUGAGGAGAAGCUUUCCAAUAGCGUUGCUGAUGUCAGCAGUCUGGAGGAGUAUACAGCUGAGUUGCGCUCUGGACGGCUUGAGUGGUCACCAGUUCACAAAUCGGAGAAGUUUUGGCGGGCAAAUGCUGUCACGUUUACAGAUAACAAUUAUGAAUUGCUUAAAAUGCUUAUUCGGCUUCUAGAAAUGGAUUCAGCCAGUCCACUUAUCCUCUCAGUAGCCGCGCACGACAUUGGGGAAUUUGUGCGUCAUUACCCGCGUGGAAAACAGUAA